GGAAGUGUAACUGAAGACUACACGCUUUGAAUCUGCAAGCUAGUGCUAGCUUGCUAAAGUUAGCAUUACUUUAAUCUGGAAGCGCCAUUCUUCCUAGGAAGAAAUGCCUUCGUUAAACGGAAAAGCUGAUGUUAUGUUUGAGGACGAUGAUCUGCCUUAUGAAGAGGAGAUCAUCAGGAAUCCAUACUCCGUAAAGUGCUGGAUGCGUUACAUCGAAUUCAAACAGAAUGGACCCAAAUCCACCCUCAACAUGAUUUACGAAAGGGCUCUGAAAGAACUGCCUGGCAGCUAUAAGCUGUGGUACAAUUACCUGAGAGAGAGGCGGAAACAAGUCAAAGGAAAAUGUAUCACUGAACCAGCCUAUGAAGAGAUCAAUAACUGCCAUGAAAGGGCACUGGUGUUCAUGCAUAAGAUGCCUAGAAUCUGGCUUGACUACUGCCAGUUCCUUGUGACUCAGUGCAAGAUAACAAGAAGUCGGCGAACAUUUGACCGUGCACUUAGAGCUCUUCCUGUAACUCAGCAUCCACGCAUUUGGCCUCUGUAUCUCCGCUUUGUCCGAAACCUGCCCCUGCCUGAGACAGCCAUCCGGGUGUACCGCAGGUACCUCAAGCUUUCUCCAGAAAAUGCAGAGGAAUACAUAGACUACCUACGGUCUGUUGGUCGCUUGGAUGAAGCUGCUGUGAGACUCGCAGCUGUUGUCAAUGAUGAAAGUUUUGUGUCCAAAGAGGGCAAGUCUAAUUAUCAGCUGUGGCAUGAAUUAUGUGACCUGAUCUCCCAGAAUCCUGACAAGGUGACCUCUCUGAAUGUAGGAGCCAUCAUCCGAGGAGGCCUCACACGCUUUACAGACCAACUUGGAAAACUUUGGUGCUCUUUAGCUGACUAUUACAUCAGGAGUGGUCACUUUGAGAAAGCACGUGAUGUUUACGAGGAGGCCAUCCUUACAGUGGUAACAGUAAGGGAUUUCACACAAGUGUUUGACAGCUACGCUCAGUUUGAAGAAAGCAUGAUUGCUGCCAAGAUGGAGACCACUGCUGAGAUGGGGCAGGAUGAAGAUGAUGACAUAGACCUGGAACUUAGACUGGCGCGCUUUGAGCAGCUGAUAGCCCGACGGCCCCUCCUGUUGAACAGUGUGCUACUGAGGCAAAACCCUCAUAACGUCCAUGAGUGGCACAAGCGGGUAAAACUGUAUGAGGGAAAUCCACGGCAGAUCAUCAACACAUACACUGAGGCAGUACAGACCGUGGAUCCAAUGAAGGCCACAGGGAAGCCUCACUCUCUUUGGGUUUCCUUUGCUAAAUUCUACGAGGAAAACGAACAGCUAGAUGAUGCCAGGACCAUCUUUGAGAAGGCGACCAAGGUGAACUACAAGCAGGUGGAUGACCUUGCUGCGGUGUGGUGCGAAUAUGGAGAGAUGGAGCUUCGCCACGAGAACUAUGAACAGGCACUACGCAUACUCAGGAAAGCUACUGCCAUCCCUUCCAAGAAAGCAGAAUACUUUGAUGCAUCUGAGCCAGUCCAAAACAGAGUCUACAAGUCCUUAAAGGUCUGGUCUAUGUUGGCGGACUUGGAGGAAAGUCUUGGAACUUUUCAGUCCACAAAAGCAGUGUAUGACCGCAUUAUAGAUCUCCGCAUUGCCACUCCACAGAUUAUCAUCAACUAUGCCAUGUUCCUUGAAGAGCACAACUACUUUGAGGAAAGCUUUAAAGCAUAUGAGCGUGGUAUCGCUCUCUUCAGGUGGCCAAAUGUUUAUGACAUCUGGAACACAUACCUCACCAAGUUCAUUGAUCGUUAUGGGGGCAAGAAGCUGGAGAGAGCCAGAGAUUUAUUUGAGCAAGCCUUGGAUGGCUGCCCUGCCAAGUUUGCCAAAACCAUUUAUCUAUUGUAUGCCAAACUGGAGGAGGAGUAUGGGUUGGCACGACACGCCAUGGCGGUCUAUGAAAGAGCAACGCAGGCAGUAGAAACUGAGGAGAGACAUCACAUGUUCAACAUCUACAUCAAGCGAGCAGCUGAAAUUUAUGGAGUUACAUACACCAGAGCAAUUUACCAGAAGGCUAUUGAGGUCCUUCCUGAUGAGCAUGCAAGGGAUAUGUGCCUACGAUUUGCUGACAUGGAGAGUAAACUGGGUGAGAUUGAUCGGGCCAGAGCAAUCUACUCGUACUGCUCCCAGAUCUGCGACCCAAGGGUGACAGCUAAUUUCUGGCAGACCUGGAAAGAAUUUGAGAUUCGGCAUGGAAAUGAGGACACCAUUAGAGAGAUGUUGAGGAUCAAACGCAGUGUCCAGGCUACUUACAACACCCAGGUCAACUUUAUGUCCUCUCAGAUGCUUAAGGCCACAACAAGCUCCACAGGCACUGUGUCAGACCUUGCUCCAGGUCAGAUGGGAAUUGAUGACAUGAAGAUGCUGGAGCAGAAAGCACAGCAGCUUGCUGCUGAAGCUGAGCAGGACAAACCCAAGCCCAAAGAGAAGAUUCUCUUUGUUAGGAGUGACACUUCUCGCAGUGAGUUGGCUGAGCUUUCUAAACAAGCCAAUCCUGAUGAAAUCAAUAUUGAUGAUGAUGACGAGGAUGAAGAUGACGAAGACCAAGGACCAGAGGAGGUGCAGCUGGAACAGAAGAGCGUCCCCACAGCUGUCUUUGGAGGCCUUAAAGAUGACUAAAGGAGAACUCCCUCACUCAGUUUUGUAAAGAUGCACAACUCUGAUGUCCAUUGUCAUCAUUCAGUUGUUGCAUUUUAAAAUAUGUAAAAAUAUUCAGUUGUAUCCACUUUAUUUUAUUAGAGUGUGACACGUGAAAUCGGUCAGAAUGGCAGCAUUUGGGUAGUUGUAGUUCAGUAUGCGAAGACCGAUUUGUUUUGGCCACAUGGUGUCAGUCUUUAUCAAGUAUGAGGUUCAAGAUAAUUGUGCAAUUGAGCUAUUAUGUCUGUCUGUUUAGAAAUCCUAAUAUGUGGCUGUAUGAUAAACUAAAGCCAGAUAUGGUUUCAAUCUGCACAACAUUUUGUAGAAGAAUAAACAGUGAAAAGUCUUUUUUUGACCACUGGUAAAUGAAAAGAUCUUUCUCUAACCGGAAGCUCUGUCCUAGAAAACAUAUGGGAGGAGCAUCGUUUCUCAAGCAGGGAGCAUUCCUUUGAUAGUGGAGUUAAACAUUCAAGCCUCCAAUUGGUAGUUUGAGGAUCACAAGUAGGUGGAUGUCUUGCAACCUGCAGGAUUACUGAAGAGAUUUCAUAACUUUUGGAAAAAUGUCGCAAUCCACUAUUAUACAACAAAUUGAACAAUCGCGUAAUAUAACAUUUUCAACAAACUGAAACAAAUCAGAAAAUGCUGAUUCUGAGGUAUUCCUAAUGCCAUUUUUUUUUGUUAGUAUUGCAGGUUUACUUCGUUCACUGAUCUUUUUUUAGGUUGUAGGUAAAAAUGAUGUCAAAGUGUGACUUAGUGAUGUGGAAGGUCUACUUGUAAACUGAAAGUUUUUCUUCCUGUUGUCACACUGUAGACCUUUGCAGUGUUUGUGAAUUAUGCACCAUUUGUUCCUAUGACUAGCCGGUCUCUUUGAAUCUCAGAAACUUUCUUUAUAUUGUCAUGGGAAUGCAGUUGUAAUAAAAAUGAAUUUAUACUUGUUAA